CGCCGCCGCCGCUGCCGCCGCUGCCGCCGCGCACCCCCGGCCCCCGAGCCCGGCGCUGCAGGAUGCCGGGGGGCAAGAGAGGGCUGGUGGCACCGCAGAACACCUUCCUGGAGAACAUCGUCCGGCGCUCCAGCGAAUCCAGUUUUUUGUUGGGAAACGCCCAGAUUGUGGACUGGCCCGUAGUUUAUAGUAAUGACGGUUUUUGUAAACUCUCUGGAUACCAUCGAGCUGACGUCAUGCAGAAGAGUAGCACUUGCAGUUUUAUGUAUGGUGAACUAACGGACAAGAAGACCAUUGAAAAAGUCAGACAGACUUUCGACAACUAUGAGUCAAACUGCUUUGAAAUUCUCCUCUACAAGAAAAACAGAACCCCAGUUUGGUUCUACAUGCAAAUUGCACCUAUAAGAAAUGAGCAUGAAAAAGUGGUUUUGUUCUUGUGCACUUUUAAGGAUAUCACUUUAUUCAAACAACCAAUUGAAGAUGAUUCAACAAAAGGCUGGACCAAGUUUGCUCGGCUGACACGGGCCCUGACGAACAGCCGGAGUGUGCUGCAGCAGCUGACCCCCAUGAACAAGGCUGAGGUGGUGCACAAGCACUCCCGCUUAGCUGAAGUUCUCCAGCUGGGAUCUGAUAUUCUUCCUCAGUACAAGCAAGAAGCUCCAAAGACUCCACCACACAUUAUACUACACUAUUGUGCUUUUAAGACCACUUGGGACUGGGUCAUCUUAAUUCUAACCUUCUACACAGCAAUUAUGGUUCCAUAUAACGUGUCCUUCAAGACAAAACAGAACAACAUUGCCUGGCUCGUGCUGGACAGUGUCGUGGAUGUUAUUUUUCUGGUUGACAUUGUUUUGAACUUUCACACGACCUUUGUUGGCCCCGGUGGAGAGGUUAUAUCUGAUCCCAAACUCAUACGGAUGAACUACCUGAAAACGUGGUUUGUGAUUGAUCUUCUGUCCUGUUUACCAUAUGACAUCAUCAAUGCCUUUGAGAAUGUGGAUGAGGGAAUCAGUAGCCUCUUCAGUUCCUUAAAAGUGGUGCGUCUUCUACGGCUCGGUCGGGUUGCCAGGAAGUUGGACCAUUAUCUGGAAUAUGGUGCUGCUGUGCUGGUGCUGUUGGUGUGUGUGUUUGGACUGGUGGCCCACUGGCUCGCCUGCAUAUGGUACAGCAUCGGGGACUACGAGGUGAUAGAUGAACUCACCAACACAAUCAAAACAGACAGUUGGCUCUACCAGCUGGCCCUGAGCAUUGGGACACCAUAUCGAUACAACACCACUGGCUCAGGGCAGUGGGAAGGAGGACCCAGCAAAGACUCCUUGUACAUAUCCUCUCUCUACUUUACCAUGACAAGCCUUACAACGAUAGGAUUUGGAAACAUAGCACCGACCACUGAUGGGGAGAAGAUCUUUUCCGUGGCCAUGAUGAUGGUUGGCUCUCUUCUUUAUGCAACUAUUUUUGGAAACGUCACCACCAUUUUCCAGCAAAUGUAUGCCAACACCAACCGAUACCAUGAGAUGCUGAACAAUGUGAGGGAUUUCCUCAAAUUAUAUCAAGUCCCAAAAGGCCUUAGUGAAAGAGUCAUGGAUUAUAUUGUCUCAACUUGGUCCAUGUCUAAAGGAAUUGACACAGAAAAGGUUCUCUCAAUUUGCCCAAAGGACAUGAGGGCAGAUAUUUGCGUGCACCUGAACCGGAAGGUUUUCAACGAGCACCCUGCCUUCCGGCUGGCCAGCGACGGCUGCCUGCGGGCCCUGGCCGUGGAGUUCCAGACCAUCCACUGCGCCCCAGGGGACCUCAUCUAUCACGCCGGGGAGAGCGUUGAUGCUCUUUGCUUUGUGGUCUCAGGAUCCUUGGAAGUCAUCCAGGACGACGAGGUGGUGGCUAUUUUAGGUAAAGGUGAUGUGUUUGGUGAUAUCUUCUGGAAGGAAACCAGCCUGGCCCACGCGUGUGCCAACGUACGGGCUCUGACGUACUGCGACCUGCAUAUUAUCAAACGAGAAGCCUUGCUUAAAGUGUUGGACUUUUACACCGCUUUUGCAAACUCCUUCUCGAGGAAUCUCACGCUCACCUGCAAUCUGAGGAAGCGGAUCAUCUUCCGUAAGAUCAGCGAUGUCAAGAAGGAAGAAGAGGAGCGCCUGCGCCAGAAGAACGAGGUGACACUGAGCAUCCCUGUGGACCACCCUGUGCGGAAACUCUUCCAGAAAUUCAAACAGCAAAAGGAGAUGCGCAAUCAAGGCUCAACCCACAUCGACCCGGAAAGGAACCAGCUUCAGGUGGAAAGCCGGAGCGUGCAGAACGGGGCCUCCAUCACGGGCACCAGCGUGGUCACCGUGUCCCAGAUCACCCCCAUCCAGACCACCCUGGCCUACAUGAAAACCAGCGAGUCCUCGAAGCAGAACAACCGGGAGGCGAUGGAGCUCAAGCCAAAUGGAAACGGGGACCAAAAAUGUCUCAAAGUGAACAGUCCCAUGCGGAUGAAAAACGGGAACGGGAAAGGGUGGCUUCGACUGAAGAACACGAUGGGGGCCCAUGAGGAGAAGAAGGAGGACUGGAACAACGUCACAAAGGCCGAGUCCAUGGGGUUGCUGUCCGACGACCCCAAGUCCAAUGACUCAGAGAACGGUGUAAAUAAAAACCCGCUGAGGAAAACAGACUCUUGUGACAGUGGAAUAACAAAAAGUGACCUUCGCUUGGAUAAAGCUGGUGAGACUCGCAGCCCCCUGGAGCACAGCCCCAUUCAGGCGGAUGCCAGGUGUCCUUUCUACCCCAUUCCUGAGCAGGCCUUACAAACCACGCUGCAGGAAGUCAAGCACGAACUCAAAGAAGAUAUCCAGCUGCUAAGCAGUAGGAUGACUGCCCUUGAGAAGCAGGUGGCAGAAAUUUUAAAAUUAUUGUCCGAAAAGAACGUAUCUCAGAUCUCUUCCCCCAAGUCUCAUUUAUCACCCCAGCUACCCCCCCAGAUAUCCUGUCAGGAUAUUUUUAGUGUUUCAAGGCCUGCAUCACCCGAAUCAGAAAAAGAUGAAAUCCACUUCUAGCAUAUACCUAUGUGUAUAUAUGUAUACAGUAUAUAUGCAGAGGUGUAUAUAUACCUUUAUACAUAUAUAUAUAUGUGUGUGUGUAUACGGUAAAUAUAUAUACAUAUAUAUUUUCACUUGCAUCCAAUAUGACUUGAACACACCAAGGAUUUUGAUAUGUAAAUAUUGCAUGUCCAGCUGGAUUCUGGCCUGCCAAAGAAAGCAAUUAUUAACAUAGAUAUUGCUUGUAUAAUAUGCAGUUGACUGCAUGCACACUUUACAUUUAUUUAUAAUCUCUAUUAUGUAAUAAAAGAAUGACUUUUGUUUAACAAAGGCAAUGUACUAUUUAAAGAAUCAGGGUCUAACCUGCCAAUAUUGCCAUGACAGUUUUGAUCUCAGGCUGGGUGAAUUGAGCUUUUAUUUCCUCACUGUCUUUUCUGCCGAGUUAAACAGUAGAUUAAUAUGACGUGAAGGACACGUUCAGAUUCCUGUUAGUAUUGUUUCCUGGUAUCAUUUCAUGACAAUAUACUGUAUAUUUGGUGAUGAAUUCCCCUACUCCUCCUAUAGGGAGGGCUCAGCUCAGUGGGCAGGGAAGGGCACCGUGCCUGGUGCUGGGGUGGAUCACUGGAAUUUAUUUGUGUGGGUAUUGUGCAUGCACAGCCUUUUAUUUCAAAUAUCCUCCUGCUCUUUUAACAUCUUAAGUAAGAAAUAAUAAUAAUAAUAAUAAUAGUGAUUUAUGUAACAAAAUGAAACUAACAGAAACUCAGUUGCACUCUCUGAGUGUUUGGGGGUAACUUCUUUCGUGAAAGCCUCCUUUUACUGAUGCCAUUUUUACUGAACAGUUAGAGUAACAUUAUGUAAAUUCUCUUUGCAGCGCUCAGUGAUGGUGUCCGGUUCUGUCAGUAUCUUCAUUAGCAUGUCCCAUUUUUGUAGGGUUGAGGUUGCUCUCCCACUGUCCCCCCCAUUGCCCUUGGCAGAAAGACUUUGCACAAUGUCUGAGCAAGGGAGAGAACAAUCGUAGUUCAGCUUCUUGUGAACAGGUUUGAAAGCCUGAAGUUAAAAGGCUGAAGUUAAACCCCUUCCACUCUCUUUUCUGAGGUCAUUUAUCAGUCUGCAACUGCAUUUACAAAGAGAGAAAAUAACCAGUCAGGGUGAAAAUUCCCUUUAGUCUAAGGCACCUGGAUGAUGACGUGUGGGUGGGAGAGUGGUGGGUGUGUAGGGGAGAUGGAGUCCUCCCUAGGGUGCUGCCUGCUGCUCUUACCAUGGACUCAUGGAAGGUUUCAGUGCAGGAGGGGGGGACACUUCAAGAGCAGGCUUGCAGUGCUUGCCCAGCCAGUCACCACACUUACUGAGUCCCCUAGGUCUGUGUCAGAGGCUCUGACCCACCUCUGAGCUGACUCCCAUCUUCCAGUCUUGGAUCACACUGAGAUCCCAUUUCCACCUCCUAGGCUGGAGCAUUACUCUCCAUGCGGUGUUGCUGGCUGAGCAGGGCUGCAGCAGGGCAGGCUUUGCACUGGAUCCUGUUUGAUCUCUGGUUCUGAGCUGAGAUUUUGGGCUCUGCUUGUAUCUGCACCUGAGUGUGGUGGGGUUCUUUGCCUCUCCAUUUGCACUGGUUUGAAUCCAGGUAUAUGCGAUGCAUGGCAGAAAUUGCCUUUGCAGCUUCAGAAUUGUUGCCUGGUACAGCUUGAGGUCAGCUCAGCAGAGCACAAUGGCUCCUUCAGAGAAGGAUUCUCCCUGUCUCUGAUUUAAAUGACCUCUUGCAUCAAGAUCCCGUGUUUUCAAAAGUGCCUUGAGUAAAACAUGUAUGUACCACAAGGCAUCACUAUGAAUCAGGUGUAUCAAAUAUAUGUCUAUAAUUAGUGGGCAUCCUUACCACAAACUAAUAUGAGAUCCAUCACUUAACAUUAGAAAACUAAACUAGACUAAACUAAAUCACUUCUGAAAAACUAACAAAAACCCCCAAAACCCAAACAAACCAUCAAUAGUGGCAAUUGGAAACCUGCAUCUUAGGGUGAACGUAUUUUCAGCUAUGAGACUGAAACCCCUAAACCUCAAAAAGCUCAUAAGAAAAGCCAAAGAAGUCAUUGCUUCUAUUGUGUCAACUUAUGGAGGCUCUUUGGGUGAUGAUAGUCUUUCUUAUUUGCUGUUCUUUUCUGUUCUCCUGUUUCUGUCCCUUCCUUCGGGAAAUUAUAGAUACAAAAAAAAAAAAGAAAAAGAAAACAAGAGAGAAGUAUAAAAUGCCACAUGCCACGGAAAGGGACAGCUCUUCCCAAAGCCUGGUGGUCAGACCACCUGCUCAUUAUAGUUUUCCACAGCUGUGGUGGCUGCUGUCAAAAUUUUCGGUGGUAUUUUGCAGCUGCUGUUCUGACACAAGUGCAGUUCCAUAACUCUGCAGCCACACUUUGGACUGCAAGAACAAUCUGCACCUGCAGAACAGCAGGACCUUCCGUGUCCUACUAUAAAUCCCACCCUGGGAGUCUGAAAGAAUUGGGGGGGUGUGGGGGGUGUUUACAGGCUUAGGGAGUUACGUAGUUGCUGCAGGCUGCUGGAGUCUGCACAGACCUUGUGGGUACAGUUUAAGUGCCAAGCUUUGAAGUGUUGAAUGUUCUUGCCUGACUUGGUUUGCUGGUUAGGACAGACACAGGGUGACUGCCCAGGGCUGCCUAGUGAAUAGCUGAGGCACACAGGCUAUCUGGGGGCCAGGGUUUGGUAAAGUUCCUUGAAUGCAUGAAUCUGCCAUGAAGUGAUGCUGCAAAAGAGCCAGCAGGAUAAUGGGGGGUGACUUUUUUAGAAAGCUUUAGCCUUAAUGGCAUUCCUCUGCCUUUGUGACAGACUUCUUUUCUUUCUCUGUAACUGAUACUAAUUCUAGGUAGAACUGCAUGGCAUGCACAGGGAUCUCUGUUUAGGAUUAUCUUGCAAGUCAGGUGUAACUUUGUGCCACUUUACAAUGAGAGAAUGUGUUAACAGGAUUAAUCUGACCUUGAAAAUUAUUUGGGCGGGCCCAGAAUGUCUAUUACAGUUCAAGUGCAACUUGAGUGGUUAAAAUGUGUAGUGGCUAAAUAGUGUAAAAUACCAAGUUCAUGAAACAAAUAUGGUGUUUCCAGGUCUAUUCCCACUGCUGCUUUGACUCUGAUAUUCCGAUAUUAUCCAUAGCAAGUUCAGUGGAACCAGCUUGUACCUUGUAGGAGGCAGUAGCACGAUGGGUUUCCUGCAGACACAGUCAAUGCAGCCUGUGGGUGAGUGGACUGUCCCAGGCUCUGUGUGCUGGGGAGGGGUGGGGGCAUCCGGGGGCCCAGUUUGUGGGUUUGCUCUGAAAAUUUGACUUGUACAGUUCUGAAGGACUUUGCCUCCUGAAUUCGUGACGGGAACAUUACGUGUUGUUUCAUGGAGUCGUUCCCGGUUCGCCGUUCCCGUCCCCUCGCGGUUGUGCAUGAUGCGAUGAGUGCGCUGCCGACUGGGGCAUCCCCUUUCUCUUAGAGAAGCAUGAGUCAUACAUACUCUUGUAGUUCAGGCUUGAUUGAAAGCAACCACCUGUAGUCAUUAAGUGCAAUAAGGACACAAAGGUGUCACUUCCACCCAGGCCAGUGCUCAAGCAGCUACACGCGGCGCGGAGGGAGCUCUCGGCUGCAUGCUCUCCUUUCCUUUAGGAGCUCUAUUCCUGUACAGAUGUUCCUGCCAGAUGCUGGUCACAGCAUCCUUACCACUUACCUUGUGCUUUGUGUGUUCAAAGCGUUUUACCUGCACACGAGUGGAUUUUAUCUUUCUGGACUUUGGAAUAGAAAUAAAAUGUGUACAAAAAAAAAAAAAAAAGCAAACACUUUCCAAAGCAAAUAACUGGAGUACUUUUAAUAGCAUAUUUUUUUGUGUGUGUGUAACAUUGCAUAUACAAGAUAGAACAGCACUUCAGGAUAAUAACUGAAAAAAAAAAUUUGUGUUGUAGUGAAGAUUCGGUUCUUCUGAAUCUGUAUUUGUAAAUCCUUUUUUCCCAUUUUUCUGUCUUUGCCAGGGGACAGGGGUUAGAGCAGAGCUGACUCUGGAAGUGACAAACUUAAGCUUUGCCCAUUUUUCUUUUCCCUGUUCUGCAGAAGUAAAACAACUACAGGGACUCGAUGCUGCUGGCACCAAGGUUUGGGUUUAUUGCUAGACUCAACUUCAGUCUUCAUUUACCACCUCAUGGAAAGUAACCCUAUUGCACAGGUGUGAACUGAAGCUUGAGUCUGAUAAUCAUAUUGGACCUUAAUGUGUAUUUUGGAUCCCAGGACAAUUUUAGAGAACUGGAAGCUGCAGAAAUAACAAUUUCCUAUUUGCAAGCUGAGAGCAGUUGCUCUGGAAGUAACUGAGACAGUUCUACAGACGUCAUCGUUUGCAUGGGUCAGAAAACAGAUGUUGUGCUCAUGAAAUAGCUUGGAGGCCUUCUGGGGGAAAAGAUGUCCUUAACUGGGAUGGGAAAACAAAAAAAGCCAAAUGUUUAAUGUGAAAUUUGGGAGUGAGGACAUUGAGGGAUAUACUAUAAGGCAUUGACACUUUUUUACUUAAAAAUUGAGCAUUUAGAAAACCCAAGCCUAUCUUUCUGGAUGUCAGAAUUGGACAGAUUGUUUCUUAAAAUAAAUAUUUUUUUCCAAAGUGAGGUGGUGUUAAAGUGAUGCGUGUUUGUUAAAAGAAGUGUUCAAAUACAAUUUUCUUCAAAAGAGGCUUUGAAUGGGUUUUGUUAAUGUUGUUUUUAAUAGGCUGCACCUAAAAGCUCUUUUUCAGUUCCUUUUUUUUUUCUUUUGUACCAGAAACCCCUGUGUUAACACAUAUCUUCAGGUCUGUAGGAUCUAUAAUGCUUUAACAAACUCGUUAGAGAGGGUUUGGAAAGUGGGAUUCCUUUGGAGAAACCCAUCUCUCCAUGGCAGCCCAGGCAGUGAUGCUCCCCUGUCCUGAGUUGCAGUGAGAGCUGUGAGCACUGAACAGCAGUAGUUUGCAUUUUUCUUGUCACUUCUCAUCUGCCCUGAUACCCUUCAGGGAACUUAAGGAAGGAAAUAGAAAAGUUAAUGCGGUCAUUUUUCCUGGAUGGCCCCAGCCCUUCACAUAUAUCUGUGUGGUGCUUUCCCAUGGAACCCACAGGAAGAAGUUUGAUCCAUCUAGAUUUCCACAUCUGGGAAUAUUUUUUAUAACUUUCCCUUUGGGUUUUUUUUGGUACAAAUGGAUAACACCGUAUCUGCAUGUAUUUAUUUGGUUUAAUACAUUAUAGUGCGUUUCCAAAUGAAACACAUUCUUAAAGCAAGGUGCUGAAUGGAGCUAAAAUAAAGAAGUCCACAUUAUUUCUGGCAGAAAAGUGGUGAAUGUUCUCACUGACAUAAAGAAUACUGUGCAAAGAUCUGCUCUGGGAUAUCUAACAAAUGACAAACAAACUAAAAUCAUCCUUACUGAGGGUACAUUUAGUCAGACACAAAAUUGACCUUGUAGUUCACAGUGGGACAAGAAGGCAUAUAUUGAUUUUGAAUACUACAGUGGUAGAAGCAUUCAAAAAGGGCUUGACCAGGCCAUGCUGAAUAAAUUGUAUUUAUAGGUUAGGUUAUGUUAUGUUAUGUUAUGUUAUGUUAUGUUAUGUUAUGUUAUGUUAUGUUAUGUUAUGUUAAUCAGCUUCCUGAUGCAUGGCAGGUGGAAACAGGAAUCUGGGGCAAUAUCAUCACAAACCUUUUUAUCUUUUUUUUCUAUGAAGCAGAUAAGUGCAUUUCUUCACUAUUUUCUGGAGAUGUAAGCUUGCUUGGCCCACAGUCUGAGACUAUGGGUGUGAAUCAACUCUGUAUCUGGCUGUCUGCCAUGAACACAUCAAUUAGCCUUAAUUAAAAGCCCUAUAAAAAGGAUUUUGUAUUAGGUUGGGCUCAGACCUCCCCCCUCCAGUGACAUGACUGUAUUUUGUCUGAUUCAGAGCUGAUUCAGUUAAGACUGAGCAAUGGCAGAGUAUAUUUCUGCCUGCCUGCAGAGGACGUAUAGACACACCAUAUGGAUAUAUACCUGACCAUUUGGAAUGGGGAAUCAGAUCUGGUUCAUUUAAGACAGGUGUUUCAGACAGGUGGGAUAAAUCCUGCUCUGGAGGUACCAGUCUCUCAUCAUUUACUGUAGAGUAAUGACUUCAGAUUAGACAUUUGAUUUGUAGGCUGCUAGAGGGUAAAUGGAGUGAAUCCAACCCAUGAUUCAAUCUCCCAGCCUGAUCUUGUUUGUAUAAAAAGGUGUCUCUUUAAAAGAGUCAGCUUACCAUCUUUCCAGCACUGAAGCACUUUCACAUAGAUGUGACUGACAGUACAGGGAACACUGAAAUGUCUCAUCAUGCAGCCAAAGUGUUCACCUCCUGAAUUGUUAAUUAGAGUUUCGUAAAGACACUAGGAUGCUCAAUUCUUGGCUUGCGGUGAUCAGAUUUUUAAGUUUUUACCCCAAUACCAUGACAGCAUAGUCCAGGGACCCUCAUUGUCACAGGUGUAUAGUGGUUGAGGUGCUCUUCAUCAUGGUGUGCAAUGCCAAGGCACAGUUGGGCAUCACCAGUCAAUUUUUGUACAGUGAAAGACUGUCAUCUAUUUGGGAUCUUUGGCUGUUCUGGGGUGUUUAGGGUGAUGAUAGGAGUUUUGUUGCUGAGUUGUGUCAUGUAGUGGAAAGAUGACAAGGCUUGGAAACAUCCAGUGAAGGGAAGAGUUUUAGUGGAGAGCAGCUUUCAAGGCAGAGAGAGGUGAGUGCCCAGGACGCAGCAGAGCCCUGGCUCUGUGCUGUGCAGGGGCAGGAGGGUGGGGAGAGGGAGGAGAAGGAUGUAAAGAAUGGUGUUAAAAAAUAGUGACAAUAUUCCACUGAAGGUCUGUAUUGACUUGUCUCUGCAUAGUGACUGUUUGCAUCUCCAAAAUUUAUUUAUUUGGAAUUUGGCAGACUCCUCUUUCCUUCAGGUGGUGUAUAAGGAUGAGGCUGGCAGACCUUUCUGGGGUGACAGCUGUGGAACAGGGAAGAGCCAUUAGAGGACACUCAAAUACAUAUCCUUAGGGGAAUAUGUGGGCUUCAGGAGAGCCAAAGACCUGUUGGAAAAGGGCAUGUAGUAUCCAAACUGUGUAUCAUCGGUGUAUGGACUCUGCCUUUGAAGCAGAGCCUGCUAUAAGCAGGGAGGGUUAGACCAAGUGAUUUCCCAAAGGUCCCUUCCAAGCUAUGGUGUUCAACCAUGCAGUGAUUCUGUAGAUUUUAAUAGCACAAACAGGAGGUAAACUUGGAAAGUUCUUAGUUACAUUCCAUUAUUUUCUAGUUUUUAGUUUAAAUACCACACUGAGGAAUGUGGUGCCAAUUUUCAAGAUAAUUACUGUUUCUAACAGCCAAUACUCAUCAAGCAGACACCAGAGAAAUUUGGCAUAUUCUAAAACUAUGGCAUAUAAAUAAAUCAAGCCUUUUACCAGGCAUCAGCUAAAAUCCACUCUUGAUGCCAAACACUGAGAAUAAUGUCUCGGUGACUAUGCAGUUUCUGGAAGCAGUGGGCUAAUAUGGAUGCAUCAACAACACCCACACCCUCUUCCAGCCUCAUCCCCAGUCCAGUGAAAGCUGAUUACAGUGUCUGAAAAUGCCAUCAAAAAAUCAAUGGCAUUUGAGCUGGUUUUCAGUGUUGCCCUGGCAAAUGUGCACAUCCAAGGCUGUAGGAAAGGUGUGAAGGGCAGUGACAAGUAGGUAUCUCAUUAGUGCCUGGAUAUGGAAGUGAUUCUCAUCCCUCUGGGUUCAGCCUGCUCCUCUCAUUGUCUGUCUGGACACCAUUGCUGAAAAGGCCUGGGUGUUUUCAAAGGAGCUGGGCACAUCUGUGGAGCCCAUGCACAUCCCUAGAGUCUGCCCAAGCCCCAUUCCCAGGCUUAUUCCCUGCUUUUCUAGGCACAUUCAAAGGUGGUACUUUUAGAUUUAACUGACACUAUUAGAUUUAACUGACAAGCUAUUUUUCCAGACUCAGCAAUCUCCUCAAUAUCUAUGAUGGCUCACAGGGUUACUCACAAAAUCCUUUCCAAUCUUAGCAGCAAGUCUCCAAAUUAAACAGGAAUAACAGGACAAGCCUUCUGCCAUUCUCAGGGCAUUCUCUUAUUAAACAAACAUUCAUUUCUAUUUUGUUUUAUUUCUGGCCCUUUUGUACAGUCUUGAACAGCACAGUGUUGCAUAAGAUAGCAGGGAUUGGAGUGCUUUUUGGUUUUUAAUGAGCCAAUUGGAGGAGAACUCAAGUGAGACACCAGCUUCACACUCAGUCCAGCAUCUGCCAUGUGUGUGACCAUUUCCUCUGGUUUCCUCCUCCAGUUACAUCUUUGGUGAACUUCACCAGCAGCAAUUUGAACCGAUGCCACGUAGUGAGAGUAAAAGUUCUCUUCAUUUCCUCGGGCAGACCCUAGGGCUCUCCUCAGCAUCUCCAUGUGUGCUAUGCCAGGACACGCAGGCACUUUCCUGUCCUGGACUUGGUUUCAGAAGAAUUUCCUGAGAUGUUGCACCUCUUUUCUCUCUCAACACAUCAUUUGUCUAGGGGAAAAAAAAAAAAACCCACCAGCAUUUUCUGGCUGAUCACUUGGGAAUCGACUUGCAUCCAAGGCUGCUGCCAGGACCAUUAGUGGGAGGUCACAGUUCAGUUUGUAAAUUGGGUGUCUUAUCUGAGCUCUCAUGGUAAAAGGCAUUUUUUUUUCUAAAGGAAAACAAAAUUUCUGCUCUGCUUCUAAUUAGUCCUCUGUUGUCCCUGCAGGAUUAAUUACUGCCUUCUUCACUCGAAUCAUCAAAUGCUGUUUGGCAACAGCUUCUUUUUUUUUUUUUUUUUAAUGAUUUUAGGUAUAAUUAGGAUCUCUGGCAUUACAAACAAGCUCAAUCAGGUUGUACUUUAAAAUGACAUAGCUGAAAUGUCACCUAAACUAGUAGUUUAAGCUCGGCUUUUGAAUGCCAACACCACCAUUGCACUUGGCGAGUGUUCAGAGCUCAUCAUUUUGGGGUCAUCAGUAGGUCAGUGUAAGCAUCCUUCUCCUGAAAUCAAUGACAGAAGGGAUUUUAUUCUGCAGGUCUUCCCACAGUGGGGCUUUUAGAAAAUAAUCAUCGGUGCAAAGAUACAGUGGCACCUCCCAACUCUUCUUACUGCCUGUUGGUGCUCUGUAGAUUCACAGCCACAUCUCUUUUUUACUUAAAGGAAGGGCUGAGGGCCACCAACUGCCUAAUUCUAUAAAGUGGUAAAUUCAAUUUAUCGAGUGGGAGAGGCAGUAGCUAGCAAUAAGGCAGGAUUUGGGUUCUAAAAAUCUGCCUGGUGGGAAUUGGGCAAGCCACCAGAAAGACAAUAAAGGAUUUAUCUGACAAUGCAUGCCAAAGGAAUGCUAAAUAUGUAAGCAGGAGAAUUUACUGAUACCAGACAAAAAGCUCAUUGGCGUUAAAGUGCAAAGCAGGUCUGUAAAUGUACCUUUCAGCUGUCCUGGUAAAAUCCCUGUACUCAGACAAGGGGAGCAGUGGCUUGUUUCUACAGAGAGGAGAACUGGCUAAUCAGCUUUCCCAGAACAUUGAACACAAAACAUGUUUCCUCAAAUGCAAUAGUUAGCACUGUUUUACUAGCAUGGGCAACAUUUCAUAACAAACCUCAGUGUCAGCCUCCCCCUGCCACUAGUUUCACAGUGAUUCAGAGAUGCUCCUAAAGCUGGUACUGCAGUAUUUCUCUUAGGACAGGUUUGUUCCCUUCCUUGCUUGUCACUGAUUGUCAAUUAUUUGCCCUUAACCAGAUUUGUGGCCCUGUAAGGGACAUGGGACACCCCGAUAUGCCUGCAGCUUGUGGGGCUGCAGUGGAGAUAAAGGUUCACCAUAUUUUGUGUGGAAAACAUGCCAGCCGUAAAAAUACUCUUGCUAACUGUUUAAAGCUCCAAUGCCUUAUCAGCACAGUUUAUGUAACCAAAUCCCAUUAGUACUACAAACCAUUCUCACAUGAAUUAGGACACGAUAUGCUUCAUAAACCUUACAUACCUAUUGACUGUAGUUAUGCAUAGUGCACUUGGCUGGGCUUUUAUGUGCAGGUGUAGCUGCAUAUCUUGGUUUAAUUUCUAUGUGUUUUGAAAGCUUUGUAAUAUGAAACAGAGUAUUUUCCACAAUGAAAGACAGUGUUUCCCUUCCUUUGUUUGUUUGUUUAUCUCCUCUCUCUUUUUCCUUCCUUCCUUCUUUUCUUGACUUCUUGUUUACUUGCCUAGCUCACUAGGCUAGCAACUGGUAGAAAUGAUUGAUUAAGUGAUGUUGCAUCAUCAAUGAGAUAAUGAUCUGUUUUGCUAUUUGUGUUCAGAAGAAAUAAUAUGCUAAUAAGAAUUGUAGUUAGAGCUGAUUUUUUAAUGUCCUGCUUAAAUACCAGCCAGUGACUGAGUGGUUCAGUAAAGUGGUCUCAGCAGAUCUUCUAAAUUGUGUUCUCUAUUUUGGAGGUAAAUAUUUUCGGGCUUUGAACAUCUUGUGUAAAUAUUCUUAUUAAGGUCACUGGAAAGGUUUCCAUUAAUUUCUCUAACUCAAACCCAGUUCUCACAGAGGGACCAGGACAGUGAGUUCCAGCGUGGGCUGAGCUUUCUUAAAACUGAGAACUCUGGGUGCUAGAAUUUUAAUGUCAGGCCCUUGUCUAAUGCAAAUGGGUCCAAGAUUUCAUGCCCUACUAAAUGCUGCAUGAUGAUUGCAGGCAGAAAUGUAGAGGAUGUGUUUGAAGAUGGGGACAGCAAGGUGAAUUGCCAUAAAAAUCAGCUGAACCCAUCAGAGAAAAGCACUUUUUAAUUAACACAUAUUUGGAUCCAAAAGACACAUUCUUGGUGUCUGAACUGUCAGUAAUUUCCAUCCAAAGUAACUGCUCAAAAUUCACGACUGUCUAGAAUAUCCUUGCACAAGUCAGAUAUGUACAUAAGCUGUGCAGACUCUCUCUGGGGAGAAGCACAGUUAAAAAUAAAGUUAUUAUUGCUACCACUGAGAGAGACGAUGACAAAGACAGGGGGUUGAGCACCAGGCACCGUGAGACUGAAUCCUGCCGUGCAGCCCUCCAUCUGAGCAUUGCUGAUUCAGUUGUGGGCAGAGGAGCUCAGGUUUUGAGUCCUGUUUGUGUUUCCUCGUCUCUGUCCACACCUGGAGCAGAGCAGAGCACCACACAGGGAAGGGCCAGCUUCUGCAGGACUAUAUGAAGUGUAGCCCCUACCCCAGACCAGGCUUCAAAAAGUGAAAUCCUGGCUCUAUGAGGGCCAGUUUUGGCAUGGGUUUUAGGAUUCCUCCCCUGCCUCCCCCAUCCCUUUCAUAUGCUUAUGAGUUCCCACUUAUAUUGAAGCAACUAGUCACCCUAAGCUCCUAAAUGAAGAAAAAUAUGUGAGGAAUAUAUACUGGGAGGAAAGAGUGAUGAGGGAUGGGCAUGAUCCUGCCUGUGUCUGUGCAACCCCAGCUCUGCAGUGGUGUCUGUUGAAGCAUCCUUGUAAAAGAAUGCUCACAGUAUUCUCACAAUUAGUGGCAGGGGGAGAUUUUUCUGAAAGAAUUGUCAUCACAGAGGACCUUUUUACUGUCAAAACAUGGUACUAUUUUUCUAGCUUUUUUUUCUUAGGCUUCCCCCCCUCACAGCAAAUAACAACCGAAAAGUAAACUGAGCAGGAGCUGCUGCACAAGGCUGCAGAGAUGCCAAACCUAAAAAACCAGCCUGCCCUUGUGGGAUACCCACAGGUCUGUGCUGAGCACCCAUCCUUGGCAUAACCUGCCUGCUCUUUCUUUUUCUUUGCUGAAAUGCAGCUGCAUGGCCAAUGUGCAUUUUGUUUCCUUUCCUUGUAUCUCCAGACCAAUGCUCUGCUCCCUGCCCCACACUUGUGCUGAGGCGUCUCUCUGCACCCCUGAGCACCUAACAGGGAUCAUGCCAAUGCUCAUCCCUGCUUUGUGGGAAUCUUUCCAAUAACAUUAGCACCACUUUCAAAGCAUAAUGGGCUUGAAAGCCUCCUUUUUUACCCUGAGGUCCUUACUUUUGAGUUCAAAUUUCAAGGUGUCCCACUAGCUGAAAAAGCACCGGGUGAUAGAAUGGUGUUUGUGCAACCCUCAUGGAGAAUUUGGGCAAAACAACUGGUUAUAAAAGCUCAUGUUGGAAAACCUGAUCUACAGAGUUAACUGCAGCUUUUGAAUGUACGUGAUUCGCAGACACUGGACUGUGAGGAGGAAAAAUAUUUUGAGAAAAUUUUUUUUGCAAGGAAGAAACUGGGGGAAAGGGUUAUUGCUCAGAUAAUGUUUCUUUUGUUACUACUUGCUGCUCUUUGUACACUAGCCAAUGCAAAUGACAUUCAUGUUCCUGACAAUAUUUUUGAACAGCCCAGCUAUCUUUUUUGCUCUUGUUAAUAUACUGAGGAUUUGGGGGGAUUUUAAAUGCCUCUGCCUUUCAGGAUUAUUUCUACAAAAGCAAUUGAGAACUGUAUAUUUUGACAGCGGGAAGCUUAUAAAAACCUAGAGAAAAAAAAAAUAAUAAAGCAUUUGAAACUGAACAGCUAUCGAAGGAAUGCACCUCUGCUACCAUAUCUGAUCACAUCGAGGAAGGACCAUCUUUCUACUGAAAAUCACACAUCAGUUUGUACAGAGGGGAUGCUCCCUUGACCACUCGCGUGACUGCCCAGGAGGAAUGCGUGGGGACGCUUUCGUUAAUCGUGACUCUCCUGUCACUUUUGGACGUUGCCAUGUGUGGUCGGUUGAAAUCGGUUUUAUCUGUAGCAGGCUUCUUGUUGCACUUUUUUCUGUUUGCUAAAAUUCAACAACAAGGAAAAACGUGGGUCACUUUAAAGCAUUGGCAGACAACUGUUUCUAACCCAAAGGAUUAUGGGUUUUAGCACAAUGAACUGUACUUCUUCAGGGAGGAUCAAUGUCGAUUUUUUUGUUCCACACGUCUUUAUUUACAUGUGGCUAUAUUUUCAUUGAUACAGAAUAAAAAGUGCAUUUUAUUGACCUUGA